AUGUCUCAACUAUCCCCUCUCCCGCAGUCUCCCUUCUAUUCCCCGAGCAUGAAUCCAGUCAACCCGGACACCCCUCCUCCACCUCCUCCAAAACCGAGCAGCCAGAACAGCCGGAUAGGCACCCCGCAAAACAUGUCCGCAGCGGAGCCGAAUCAACCACACAUGGCCAAUCCCCAACAGCCUUACAUGCCCAAUCCUCCUACAAUUGAAGAAGGCUGGCUACCAGACCAGGUGAAAGACAAAUCCACCAUCGACCUCCAAGCAAUACUCAAAGACCCAGCCCUGAUCUCCGCGCUAUCAAAUCAACACCCCUCCCACACCUCCCGUCAGCAGCACCUCGAGUCAAUCAUCCACUCAAACAAGGACCUCGCAACCCGAGUGCUCGACACGCAGGCUCACCUCGCUGAACUACGCGCCUCCACGGAAACAAUGCUUAUCACCCACCAGUCCCUCGAGGUAUCCUGGCGCAAGAAGCAAGCGGAAAUGGAUGCUGCCCUUGCGCCAUGGUCGCCUAAAGCUUUAUACCAGCGAUACAGCGCGGCGAUCACCGAGCAGGAAGCCGUGUGCCAUGCCGUCGAGGAGAGCUUCCUCGAUGAAGAUCACCAUGGUCGCGCGACGGAGAAGGAGAUCGCAGACUGGGUUAGGCGGGUGAGAGGGGAAGCAUCGAAGCUUGCUGCUCGGAAAGAAGCUAAGGCGAGGUGGGACGAGGGCCGAGUCGGGGGUUGGCGAUAA